CGGAUUAGUGCCUCUCUCUUUCGAUCUCAUUGUUCAAUCUUUGUCUGCAACAAUGGCAGAUGCAGUUGUUUCUACCAUCGUACAGCAGGUAUCAACGUUGAUAUCUGAAACAGCCUUUGUAGUUGUGAGCCUACUGUGGAAUGUGGAGGGAGAAGUGGAAAAGCUCAGCAACAGUUUCUCAUCCAUCAAAGCUUUACUUGAAGAUGCUGAUGAAAAGCAAAUAUCUAACAAAGCUGUCAAGUUAUGGUUCGAUCGGCUUAAAGAGGAAUCUCUCGACAUGGAGGAUGCUUUGGAUGAGUGGAAAACUGUACUCCUGCAUGAGGAUGCUUUGGAUGAGUGGAAAACUGUACUCCCGCAUCGACCAACUGCUGGAGCUGAAGAAGCUUCUCUUCAGAGGAAAGUAAGCCUGUUCCUCCAUCGCUUUUCUUUUAAUCGGGUUCGUAGAUACUAUCGAAUUGCUAGAAACAUAAUGGAAAUUAAUGGGAGGUUAGAUGAGAUUGCUAAGGAGAAAGAUAGGUAUGUGCAUCUGCUGUUAACAGAUCGGGCUACUAGUGGUCGUCCGGUUGGGUCAACAAAUCCACGAGAAACUGCAUCUUUUAUUGAUGAGUCUGGGAUGGUUGGUCGAGAUGAGGUGAAGAAAGAAAUUAUAAGUCAUUUGUUGUGUGGGAGUAGCACAGAAGAAGAGGGUAGCUCUAUUCAAACCAUAUCUAUAGUGGGAAUUGGGGGAAUUGGUAAGACUGCUCUCGCCCAAUUGGUCUACAAUCAUGAAGAUGUUAAACAACAUUUCACUAGAAUCUGGACAUGUGUUUCAGACACUUUCACUGUGAAGGAAAUCGCAAAAGCAAUGAUUGCAGAGCUCGAAAGCACGAAGAAAGCAGAGGUGGAGCCAAACGUCCCAUUAAAUGCUCUUUUAACAAGAAUUGAGAGUUCCAUAAGGGGAAAGAAAUACCUUCUUAUUCUUGAUGAUGUUUGGACAAAUGACAAAGAAGACUUUGGAGGACUGAAUGUCAUUCUCAAAAGUGGUGCUCCAGGAAGCAGGAUUUUGGUGACUACUCGUGAUCAUGCUGUUGCUAGAGGCAUGGAAAGUUCACACAUCAUCCCUUUAAAGGAAUUGAGUGAAGAGCUAUGUUGGUCCAUCCUUAAGAAAAAAGCACUUCGAAGAAGGGACAAAGAGACUUGUGAAGAUUUUGAGGCAGUUGGGCGGCAAAUCGCUGGUAAGUGCAAGGGUCUACCACUCGUUGCGAAGACUCUGGGAGGCCUCUUACAAGUUAAAGACGCUAAAAAACAGUGGUUGGAGGUCUUGAAUAGUGAGUUAUGGGGAAUGGAAAUAGUGCAUAAAGAAGUUUUUGUUCCUCUCUUGUUGAGUUAUUAUGAUCUGCCUUCACCAAUAAAAGAGUGUUUGGCUUAUUGUGCUGUCUUCGCUAAAGACAAGCGUAUUUAUACUUGUCAUUUGAUUGCACAUUGGAGGGCACAAGGUUUCUUAGGCCUUGAUGAUGGGGAUGAUGCAUCAUUGGAACUAAAAGGCGUGGAGUACUUUAAGUGCUUAAUGGCACGCUCUUUCUUCCAAGAUGAUUGUCGUCCUUACCUUUUUUAUUCUGAUCGGCAUGGUCCUUACCAUUUUAAGUGUAAGAUGCAUGAUUUGGUACAUGACUUCCUUCUUUUCUUGACCAAGGGUGAAUUUAUGACAGAGAUCGUCAAAAUAGGUGAUAAAAGUUUGAAAUUGAACUCAGAAGGUGAUAAAACUUGUCGGCAUUUGACAUUGAUGGCUGAUAGCGGCCUCCAUUUUCCUGAAUCCAUUUCAGAUGCAGAAAAAUUACGAACUGUUGUGAGUGAUGCUGUUACUAGUGAGAAGGCCCUGUGCAAUUUAUUUAAUCAAGCAAGUCGCUUAAGGUUGUUGGAGUUGGAUAUGCAAAAAUAUGAGGGUUCAACUAUUCCUGAAGACUUGGCAAACUUGUUGCACUUAAGGUACCUUAACUUGGCACAUUGCUAUAACCUUAAAAGGUUGCCUAAAGCACUCUGUAGAUUGUACAAUUUGCAAUUUCUAGAUCUGUACAGCUGUUUUGAAGUGAAGCAAUUGCCAACUGAGAUUGAAAAUUUAGUCAACUUGAAACUUCUUCGCACCACAGCGUGCUUGAACUUAACUUGCUACCCAAAAGAAGUCGGGAGAUUAACUCGUCUUACACAAUUAAUAGGGCUCAUUGUGAGAGUUGACUGUGACGACCCUAAUGAGUUUAGCAUUGGAGAUCUGAAAAACUUAGAACUGCUUGUUGUGCUUUCCAUGAAAAUUGUGGGAAACAGAAUAAAUAGGUCUGAAUCUAGAAAGGUGAAUCUUCAGAAAUUGGAGGAGGUGAAGAUAUUGAAGGCUGGAACCAUAGCAGAAGCUGGAGAUGCCAUACUUGAAUCCCUAAACAUGUCCUAUGUGCCAAGGUGGAGCUUUGAAGAGGACUACUAUAUGCAUGGCCCUUUCAGUUCAUCAAGAAAUGAAUGCUUCUGCUACGGCUUUUUUUGAACAACUGGACCAAGAUAAUGCUUGUGAAGAUGAAAGCUGCCAGCUUCAGGUAUUCUUUCUUAUUCUUUGUUGUUGUUGUUGUUGUUGGGUGUUUUUUUUUUUUUUUUCUGGCCUUUGAUCUAUCAUGCUUAAGUUAAUUUUAUUUAUUUGUUUAUGUUUAGGGUGAUGACUACUAUUUAUAUCUUGGAAUUGCUGAACAUUGUGUAUUUUUACAUUAGUUUGCAAGAUUAUAUGUUUGAGUUAAGGCUAAUUUAAUUUUGAACUACCAUUAACUUGUUAUCACUUUGUUCAAGAAUUAGAAAGUUUGUUUAAGAAAACCUCAACUUUGCC